CAUACAGACAUACAACAUUGAAAACCCUACUGCAUAAACUGAAGCAGGAUAUUGUUGCUAUACUGUCUACAACACCUAGUAAAUCAAGCUUUGGUGGCAGCUAAAGAGCGCAUGUAGUCUAUGGUAGCUUGGAAAUAGUUGAACACAAUCUCUCUUCAUGUAGUACUUUCACGGAUGGCCGGAACCUGAAUGAAGUCUUCAGUCCAUUUUUUGAGUGCCGGAUGCCUGUGUUGGUCAAGUAGCUUCAUGCAUCCAAUUUCUUCCAUAAAGCUGAGCCAAUGAGUCAUCCAUCCUACAACUAGAUCUAGAUAACCUAUAUGCUGUCCAUUGAAAGAUGGUUUACCAUGAAUCUGUGUCUCGACUAUUGCUAGUAAUCCAUGUGCAUCCUCUAUAGUCCUCUCCUUUUCUUCUUCUUCGGCACGAUAAGCUCCCCACACACCAAAUAUACACUGGAGUACACAAGAAAUUCCAUGAAAUAAACACCUCAUAAGCUUGCUUGAUCUAAUCAUAAAUUUCAUUAUUUCGUGAGCAUGCUUGAUCUAAUCAUAUGAAAAGAGAGUCGAAGUUGAUUGCCUUUUCAUCAACAAUUUUAGCCCAGAACCAAACCAUGGCACAUUUUCAGAAUACAAGUGUAAUAACAAUUUUCAGAAGUUUGGCAGCCGCCAGUUCAAUUUUGUCGGCCAAGCUUCCUGGAAAGUGAUUUGUAAAAAUCUAUGGAUGGGCACACAAUGACACCAUCUCUGUUGCAGUUGUAAACUAGUCAGCAACUUGAGAUCGUCUUGUAUUGUACCAGGGAGCGAUAUAUAAAUUGACCAUCCAUUCACCUAAUCAAAACCAAGUGACAAAAAAAAGAAGAAAAAGGAAAAGAAAAUGCAGGUUGAACCAGAAUCAGAUGCUAUGGCUGGGGAACACAGCGUCUCCGAGGAUCCUUCUAGCCAGAGCGCUAUGCAAUUUGGAGAAUACAAAGACUCGCUCGUUGCAACAAUCUCUCAGCACUUGGACCUAAAACACCAUUGCACUUCUUCAGCAGCAUAUCGGAUUGCUGAUUUAGGCUGCUUUGUUGGUCCUCAUACUUUGGAUGCAAUGAGGACCAUAACCGAAGCUGUAAAAGACAAAUACAAAGCUGGAGGACAGAGCUUUGGCAUCCCAGAAUUCUUUGUGUACUUCAAUGAUCGUGUGACCAAUGAUUUUAAUGCUCUUUUUGCUAAAUUCCCAGAAGACAGACAAUAUUUUGCAGCCGGGGUUCCCGGCUCUUUUCACGGCAGAUUGUUCCCAAAAGCUUCUCUGGAUUUUGUAUACUGUUCAAAGGCAGUGCAUUGGCUCUCUAAAGUUCCCGAGGAGGAGUUAACAGAUCCGAAUUCUCCCGCUUACAAUCCAGACAGGAUAUCUUACAUUAAUGCACCAACAGCAGUUUGUGAUGCGUAUUUAGGCCAAUUUACUAAAGAAAUGGAAUCUAUCCUCAGUGCUCGAGCACAAGAGCUGAUUCAUGGAGGGUUGAUGGUGCUUGUGAUCCCAGGCAGAGCCAAUGGAACACAGUACCCAUCAUUCAGUCAAGUUUUCAUGCCACUAGAAACUAUUCUUUUGGACCUGGCAAAGGAGGGAAUGGUGAGCAAAAACAAGGUGGAUUUGUUCAACGUGCCAAUGUAUUUUCCCUCGCCGGAAGAGCUGAAGAAUAUUAUAAUACAAAAGACUGCGGGCUUUGAAAUUGUAGAACUGAGCACUUUUACCAGAAGUUCUUUGCCAGUUUUUCCUACUGAAGUACUAAGAGGAGCCUUCGGUGGAUUGUUGACGAAGCACUUCGGCACUGAGGUAGCUGAAAAAGUAUUCGAUCGAUAUGAGAAGGAAAUUCCAACCCUUCGCCUACGCAACCCAGCUGAGGGCAACGGAGUAUUCAUAUAUGUUACUAUCAAAUUCAAGAAGUCGUGAAACAUUUGCAGUUUUACUCUUACUCAAAAAUGCUUGCCUUUUGGAUUCCUUGUUCUGUUUCCUUUCCUACUUGCCUGAUAUGUAUUACUCCAUAAUCAUCUCAAUUAUUACCAGCUGCUUAUCCA